AUGGUGAAUGGAAUUGUUUAUAUUCCUUCUCUAGCAAGGGGAAAGAACAAGCAAAGCAGCAGCCAGACAAGGAGAAGGAAUCCUGGCUGGGCUAAAGAUGCCAUGGAGCCAGUGGGCCUGCAAGAGAUAGUGGUUGCCGGGCUUCUCACAGAGCCCUCCUUUCACAUGGCCGUGUGUGCAGCAGAGGCUCUGAAGAAGAAUUUUCCAACCAAGAUAGCGGACCCUAAAUUGUUUCCUUUGCUGGAAUUUGCAUGGGCUGAGUUUCUACAAGAGAAAAAAAAGGAGCUAAGAGGAGAAGUAUGGGAAUAUCCCUCCAAUGUGAUGUGUUUUGUCGAUGGCCAGCUUGUUGGAGAUGAAAAAAUGCUGCUAAAGUGGGCUUAUGAUGUUUGGGAUUAUAAAGAUUUUAAGCCUACAGCCCUUUACCAAGCUAUUACAGAGGAUUUCUUCACGAAAUACAUGAGAGGCAAAAAGAUGUCUAUAUCCUUCAGAGUACUGAUUAUCAACUUGUGUUUCCAGAACACUGUGAAAGAAUGA